CACUCCCGACCCAAUAUUCAAUCUCCUCAGCCUGUGGCGAUCACUGGAUUUCUUUCAGGGUCCUCCAACUCUAUCCAGUAUAUCAACAUCAUCAUGCAUCCUCAUCUUCACACAAAAAACGCUCUCGCGUGCGAAGAGGUCAUCGCUGCUCUCGAACAGUGCCAUAGCCAAGGCUUCAUGCACAAGGCUGUUGGGAGCUGCAAUGACGCCAAAGAGAAGGUCAACGAAUGCUUAAAGAUCGAACGAUCAAAGAUGCAAGCCGAGAAUCGAAAUGCUGCCCGGGCGAAGCGCGACAAAAUCCGGGAGCAACAGCGCGAGUUGGGACUGUGAUUUAGAAACACCUCACGAUACGAUGCCAACGACCCGAAUUCGACACGAAGCGAAUCCAUUGACGAUGGGCUGUAUUCGACCUGUAUACUAGAAAUAUUUGGGCUGGCGUUCUGGGCGAUAAAUUCAUGACAAGGAAGCAUGAGAUUGUGACAGUAUAAGUAUCAAUCAUCAUACGACCCUAUUUCAGUUACCAGGUUGCUCUUAGUCGCCAUGAGGUGCAUGUUCCUAUAUCACGAUUACUUCUUGAAACCAAACUGGUAUUAGGAUGCCGAGAGUUGUGAUCAAGCAAGACGAUAUGUAUUGUGAAUUAUGUACACUAUUAAAAUAUUGUCUAUCUCAUGUUCAUGACUCUUGAAAAGAUGCGUGAAUAUGAAAGGAGGAGGAAGAAAAGGAGAAAUCAACCGAGGGUCGAUGACUCAGUGAAAUCUCUACAGGAGAAAAGCAAGACCAACCAUCAAGAGAAUUGUCAUCAGCAUUCCUUGGAUCGCCUUUACUACGGCCCCUGAGACAAUGACAAUAGGAGCAUCUGGCACAAUCACUGGUGUAUGAGCUGGAGCUGGCCUGCGGUGAAACGUUGGCUUGGGUGCAUCAGGAUAACCGUUUCCUCCCAAAGGCACUGCAGAAGGUUCCGCUUGACCAUGGCUACCCUUGGCUGCAGGGGAAGAGUUCUUGGGCCGAGUCCCCUGAGUAUCCGGCUUAGGCUCGUAAUGUUGAACGCUGUGGGUUUCGUGAGCCGCAUAUUCUCUUGUGGGAGCUGCGACAACUGCACCAGCUGGAAUGUUAAGAGUAAUGGUGUUCUCUCCAUUGUGACCACACCUAUUGCAACCCACCUCGAUAGUCG